GAAGACGACGGCUGCUGGAGUCCAUAAAAAAUAGGAGGGGAAGAGAGGCGGGUGCUGGGCAGCGAGAAUGGCGUGCUCUCCCUCUCCCCGGCUGCUCCACCGGACGUCGGUUGCUGCUGCUUCUUCCUCGUCUCCGGUCCUCUCGGCCGGGCAUGUGUGCUCGGCGGCUCCGUCCACGUUCGGAUGGACCAUCCAAUACAAGCAACCAGGACAUAAAUUAUAUGGAAGAAGCCAUGCCCCGAGCUUCCUGGCACUUGCUAGUGCAGAUGCACCACAAGGCAAGAGAAGUUCAGGUGAGAACGUGGUAAUGGUUGAUCCACUUGAAGCUAAGCGCUUAGCAGCGAAACAAAUGCAAGAAAUUCGUGCCAGAGAAAAGUUGAAGAACCGUCGUCAAGCAGAAGCUAUUAAUGGUGCAUUGGCAGUGUUAGGACUGACUGCAGCACUAGUAUUGGAAGGUCGCACAGGAAACGGCAUCUUGGGACAGCUAGCAGGAUAUCUAGCGGCUUUAUCUAGUUUAUUUGGGCAAUAACAUAUCACCAUCGAAUAAUCUUGUAACAUUCCUCGACUAGGACAGCUCUGAAUCUUACGUGCUGGAUCCAACCAAUUUUCAUAGCUAACCCAAGCUGGCUGCCUGGCUGUACACAAUAAGAUCUAUAUGUCCAAUGAUCUACUCGGCUAUAUUUUCCUGGCCUGAAAACCAAACAUUGUAUUCAUAUUUUUUCCCAUGUACUUAUAUUCAACAUCUUCUUUUUUCC